AUGGCAGAUUCCGACAUCCACUCACAGCGACGUUCUUCGUCACAAGCGUCAAGUGCCUCGAGCAGAAGUCGAAAUGCUAAAAUCGCCCGCGCCAAAAUACAAAAGCGCCAUUCAGGCUCCUCCCAUACAACGACCGAUCUGACCUCCUUUCCCUCACUUUCACCCCCAGACAAAUCUUCAACCCUCGCCUGUGGCCUGACGAAUACAUUGUUCUCCAGCGAAGACGGAGCGGAAUCGAAUGGGGGUGGGACUAGCCGGGGGCGGAAGGCUACCCUAGCAAAUUUGACGACUGGGCCGUCGCACAAAUCAGGUCGAGCUGCUCUCUUCGCCGAUUCCGUCCCGACACAUGAUAUCCCAGGCGCACUACAUUUGGCCGACGAUGCGCACAUUGAGCGGCUGGUUGCUGGAACAGGAGCCGUGAAGAUGGUGAGGCAGUUCGCUCGCGAUCUGGCUCAACGGGAUGCUGAGAUUUCGGCCCUCCGCCAGCGCGCGGAUGCAAGGGAGCGAGAGCUGAAGAGAAUGCUACGAGAAGUAUCUGUGUCCAAUCAAGACAUUGAACGGCGUUUAUACCAAUUGGAGAAUCCGCCGGGCGAUCGUGUCUCGGAUGCAGAAAGUACUCAUAGCAGCGAUCAUGCUGGCCAAAUCUACUCCGGCCUAAAUGGAUUGAUGUCUCAAGCUAUGGAAGACACCGUGGGCUCGCCUCGCGGAGACUCAACAGAAGCCCAGGCCACGAUUCGUGCCCAGCGGUCAGACAAUGAAGCCCGGAACAGCGGAACCACUGACAACCGGAAGCGUCAGAGCUCAAUUCGGGGCUGGCAGGAGUACCUUUUUGGAUCGACCAAUACAAGCCGGAAAACCAGCCGUGCCAGUAGCAUCAUGAGUGAUGUUGGUGAACUUGGAGAAGAAGAGGCGGAGCGUCUACGAGUGCCCAGUAAUCCUGCAAUGCGGCGCAAAGCGAUUGACGAGCAGCUAUUCCAGCCCCCGGAUGGCCCUGCGCGAAACGGACCGGCGAAGCGCAUUCCUAGCACUUCCACGAAUGGCGACGAUGCAAGCAUCCAUUCUCGCAAAUCUUCACGAUCUAUCGGCUCCUGGACCGUUAAGUUAUUUGCUGGCAAUCCUCAGUCGAACAAGGAAGCAAGUGAUGCUGAGUCUGCCCACAAUAAACCGCAACAAAAAAGACCGGAUGGAGACAAAAGUGCUUCGUCUACACUGUCUGGUAAUUCUAAAGGUUCAAUGUCAGCAGUGGCCGCACUGAAGAAGAUCAACAGCAAUGCCAAUAUUCCUGCUACUGGGCGAUCUGCCAGUGGGCCGAGCGCUCAGGGCAAAAUGAACCCUCCUGCGUCGCGACGGGCUGCAGCUGGCAGUGUGUCUCAGGGUGCAGCGCCGGAGGCUAUUGGUAGAGGUUCCACAAGUCUUGGGCCCGUCGAGAUGGACGCCAUUUUGCCCAUGGAGUCAAAGCCCCCGACGCUCACUCCUAUCUAUAACAAUUCCCAAGCGGGUGAGUUUCUCACCGACCGGUUCGGUUUCAUCUAUGAUCAGCAUAGAAAGAAGCGCCAGAGAGAAGCCAAUGUUACCAAGAGCAGCAUUCACCGUUUGAGUAUAUCCGAAACUCUCGGUACUCUUCGAACUGAUUCGCCAGAUCAUGAUGAUGACCCCGAAAUCACAAAACUUCGGCAAGGGCCCUCCGACGGCUCGCCUUCUCUGCCUGGCUCACCAGAUGACCCUGACAGUGGCACUGUUUCCAUCCGCCGCUGGCAGGACUAUCUGCGGAUUCCGUCCCGUCCCACAGAGCUAUUGUCCCACACACCCUCGGCAGGCCCAAUUGUCUCUUUGACCACCGCAGGAGAAAAUCGCUCUCAUAGCUCGUCUGUUUCAUAUGACAAAGAUGGGGCGUUGGCUGUCGGCUCUAGCGCACAACCAUCGGCGUCUACAUCGGCUAUCACGGCCGACAGCCCUGAGUUCGCGGGCUUGUCAUCGGAUCAACUCAAAGAUACAGCCUCUAGAUUCACUGUCGCAGAGAUGGAGCCGGUAAAACUGUUAUUGGAACAGUUGACCGAUCUUCAUGAUACACUCCAACGCGAUCGAACCGUGAGAUGGAACGAGUUCCUUCGUAAAGUACGUGCUGAACGCCGAAAGGAGGGGGAGGCGGCAGCCGCUGCGGCAACUUCCGAUCGAUCUCUUGCUGCUGUUGAUACGCCAGAAGUCUCGCUCGCCGACGGCGAAGUUGUAGGCAUCGCAGGUCUGGGUAACAAAGGCAAGGUCGGCCGAGCAAAGUGGCGAGAAUUCCGGAUGCUCGUACUCGGCGGCAUCCCAGUUGCUCUUCGCGCCAAAACUUGGUCGGAAUGCAGCGGGGCUUCGGCAAUGCGAAUCCCUGGCUACUAUGAUGACCUUGUACAUGGCGUUGGCGGAUCGGACCCCGACCCUUCUGUGGUCGCACAAAUUGAUAUGGAUAUACGCCGCACUCUUACCGAUAAUGUGUUCUUCCGCAAAGGGCCUGGUGUCAGCAAGCUGAAAGAGGUUCUUCUUGCGUACUCGCGUCGUAACCCAGAAGUAGGCUACUGCCAGGGCAUGAACCUCAUCGCAGCGUCUUUGCUGCUUAUCAUGCCCACUGCCGAGGACGCAUUCUGGAUUCUGACUUCGAUGAUUGAGAUUAUUUUGCCCCAGCACUACUACGACCAUGGCUUGCUUGCCUCCCGUGCUGAUCAGGUGGUCUUGCGCCAGUACAUCUCCGAGCUGCUUCCCAAACUGUCUGCCCACUUGGAGGAACUAGGCAUUGAACUAGAAGCACUGACCUUCCAAUGGUUCCUCUCUGUCUUCACAGACUGUCUCUCUGCGGAGGCACUAUAUCGUGUAUGGGAUGUGGUUCUAUGUCUCAAUGUGACCAGCGCGGUCAACGGCUCCGGAUCUACCUCUAGCACCAAGGAGAACAACGACAAGGCUGCCAAGGUUUCCGAAAAUCUUGCUUCUGGCAGCGGAGGUGGAAGCACAUUCCUGUUCCAAGUUGCUCUCGCACUCCUCAAGCUCAACGAGCAGCAAUUAUUGACGACCUGCUCGACGCCAGCGGCACUCUAUACAUACAUCAACCACCAAAUGACCAAUCAUGCGAUCAGUAUCGAUGGCCUGAUUCAAGCUAGUGAGGCACUGCGUAAUGUGGUCCGCCGCGAAGAUGUUGUUGCGCGUCGUGCUAUUGCCCUCCAAGAAAUGCGCGAAUUGAGUAGUGCAGGCAUCUAG